UCUGUGCAAACAUUGUGGCAAUGAUCGAUCCCACAUUUGUGGUAAUAGUCUUCCUGUUGGGUCCAAUUUUAGUUAUCGCCCAAAAAGACCCGAACUGUUCCAAGCUUCCUGAUAGAAAUGGAUUGAGGGGGACUGCGUCAUGUUGUCGUUUCCCAGCGAUUCUGGACCAGCAAACCAUGUCCCAGUGCUGGAGUGAGCUAAGCAGCUCAUCCUACUCCGGUCAAUUGAAACAUUGUAAAUCGAUGGAGUGUUUCUUCACCAAGAAAAACAUUCUCCAAUCGGAUGGUUCGUUGGAUCGGACAGCUAUUGGGGCAUAUCUGGACACCCUAUUUGCGGGGAAUGACGUGUGGCUUAAUACGAUCAAACAAGCCGCUUUGAAUCACUGUUUGGUGGGCAUUGAGAAGAAUUACGACCGAAUUCUGGAUUUUUUCAGGACAAACGGAAUGGAGUUCCAAGAAGAGUCCAAAUGCUCCAUGAAACCGAUGCUGCUGAGCAUCUGUGUUGGUGCCAGAGGAUUUGCAAAAUGUCCGGCAAAUGAUUGGAAUGAAAGCUCGACAUGCGACGAGUGGAGGAAAUAUUUGGACAGUUGCACAGAAUCAGUGGAAAACACGUUGGAAUUUUACAAGCAGCUGGAUCGUGCAUCGUAACUAUCGUGUUUUAUCUUUGGGAUUUA